AUGAAAACAGAUUAUGCGAUGGAUGAAAUGCAGAAACGGACGAGUUCCAUCAUUGGUCUCUCAGACGUGACUGACAACAAACUGAUAUGGAGGCAGCUGAUAGCCGAGCUCUUGGGAACAUUCCUUCUCACCUCCAUCGGCGUGGCAGCUUGCAUCGCCAUCACAGAGAGCAAUGCUCCAAAAGUCACCAGCAUCGCUUUGGCUUUUGGUCUUCUCGUUGGAUCGAUUGUGCAGGCAAUUGCUCAUGUAUCCGGUGGACACAUAAACCCUGCAGUGACUGCGGGUCUCUUCAUUUCAGGCGAAAUUAAGCUCAUCAAAGCUCUCUUCUAUGUGAUAGUUCAGGCCCUGGGUGCGGUCGCCGGUGCCGCUUUUAUUAGGUUGGCUGUUCCUGAAGAAAGAGUUCUCGCCUUUGGGAUGACGUUGCCGGGGCCUGGGGUCAGCGAUGCACAGGCUGUCCUCGUAGAGGCUCUCAUCACAUUCGUCUUAGUACUGGUGGUUCAGGGCGUAUGCGACGCUGGAAGGUCGGACCUCAAGGGCUCCGGACCUCUCGCCAUCGGUCUCAGCAUCACGGCUUGUCACGCCGCCUGUAUUCCGUUCACCGGCUCUAGCAUGAACCCGGCUCGAUCCUUCGGCCCGGCCGUCGUAAUGGGCAACUGGACUUCUCAUUGGGUAUACUGGGUGGGUCCCCUCGCCGGUGGAGCGAUCUCGGGUCUGCUCUACAAGUACGUGUUACGCAUCGGCAAAGACGAGGCGGGCUCUUACGACCUCUAA